UUGUUGUUCUCAAUCCUCAAAAGCUGAAGUUAAGAAGGGUCUGAAAAAAGAAGAAACCGUGUGUUCAUUCUCUCUCUAUCUCUCUCUCUCUGCUCAUUCUUCUUAUUUCUUUUCAUUUUUGUAUGGACAGAAAAAAAAUAAAGAGCAUAAAAGUGAAGAACUAAGAAGCAAAACAAAAAAAAACCAAAAGGCCCUAUCGCUUUGAGGACCUCCAAACGAGAGAGAGAGAGAGAGAGAGAGAGAGAGUGUGUGUGUGAGUGUCACGGGUUCAAUGUGCAACAACAUGAUGAUGAGAAUCAACAUCAACAUGUCAGUGCUAGUGUCAAUGGGUUGGUUGUUGUUGUUUUUGUGGGUUUGUUCAUCUUCUGUUACAGCUUCUGUGUCUUACGAUGACAAAGCCUUCAUCAUUAAUGGGAAAAGAAGGAUUCUCAUUUCUGGCUCCAUUCACUACCCAAGAAGCACCCCUGAGAUGUGGCCUGAUCUUAUACAAAAGGCAAAAGAGGGAGGACUGGAUGUUAUACAGACAUAUGUUUUUUGGAAUGGGCAUGAGCCUUCUCCUGGACAGUAUUAUUUUGAGGGGAGGUAUGAUCUGGUUAAGUUCAUCAAACUGGUGCAACAAGCUGGCCUUUAUCUUCAUCUCAGGAUUGGCCCCUAUAUUUGUGCUGAAUGGAAUUUUGGGGGAUUUCCUGUUUGGCUGAAAUAUGUUCCUGGCAUUUCUUUUAGAACAGACAAUGAGCCCUUCAAGGCAGCGAUGCAAAAAUUCACAGAGAAAAUUGUAGACUUGAUGAAGUCCGAAGACUUGUUCGAAUCUCAGGGAGGUCCAAUUAUCAUGUCUCAGAUAGAGAAUGAAUAUGCACCUAUAGAAUGGCAAAUUGGUGCUCCCGGUAAAGCGUAUACGAAAUGGGCCGCAGAAAUGGCGGUCGGUCUUGACACAGGGGUGCCGUGGAUUAUGUGCAAACAAGAAGAUGUUCCUGAUCCAAUUAUAGACACCUGCAAUGGUUUUUACUGUGAAGGCUUCAGACCGAAAAAGAGCCAUAACCCAAAAAUGUGGACUGAAGCUUGGACUGGCUGGUAUACAAAGUUUGGUGGUCCAAUUCCUCAGAGACCUGUUGAAGACUUGGCAUUUUCAGUGGCAAGGUUUAUACAGAAUAAUGGUUCCUUUAUUAAUUAUUAUAUGUACCAUGGAGGAACAAAUUUUGGACGGACGGCUGCUGGUCUCUUCAUUGCCACUAGCUAUGAUUAUGAUGCUCCAAUUGACGAAUAUGGAUUACAAAGGGAACCAAAAUGGGGACAUUUGAGAGAUUUGCAUAAAGCCAUCAAGCUAUGUGAACUGGCUUUAGUUUCUACAUAUCCUACAGUGACUUGGCCAGGCAAUAAUCUCGAGGUUCAUGUAUUUAACUCAAAGUCUGGUUGUGCUGCAUUCCUUGCAAACUACGACACAAAAUCUUCAGCAACAGUGACCUUCCAAAAUAUGCGAUAUGACCUCCCUCCUUGGUCCGUCAGCAUUCUCCCCGACUGCAAGCAUGCGGUUUUCAACACCGCAAGGAUAAGCUCCCAAAGUUCACAGAUAAAGAUGGUACCUGUAAUUAGUGGAGCAUUCUGGGAGUCAUACAUCGAAGAAACUGUCUCUGCCGAUGAUUCAGACACGGUUGCAAUGGAUGGACUAUGGGAGCAAAUAAACGUGACCAGAGAUGCCUCAGACUAUUUGUGGUACCUCACAGAUGUGAAUAUACAGCCUGAUGAAGGAUUUUUAAGGAACGGGCAAUAUCCUGUUCUUACAAUUAUGUCAGCGGGCCAUGCUUUGCAUGUUUUCAUCAAUGGGGAACUAUCAGGAACCGUGUAUGGGGGACUAGAGAAUCCAAAGCUGACAUUUAGUGACAAUGUGAAGUUGAGAGCUGGCAUUAACAAGUUAUCUUUACUUAGCGUUGCUGUUGGUCUUCCGAAUGUUGGUUUGCAUUUUGAGACAUGGAAUACUGGGGUUCUUGGUCCGAUCAUGUUGAACGGUCUCAAUGAGGGAACAAGAGACUUGACAAAGCAAACUUGGUCUUACAAGGUUGGUCUGAAAGGGGAAGCUUUAAAUCUCCAUACACUUGGUGGAAGUUCCUCUGUUGAGUGGACACAAGGAUCAGUAUUGGCUCAAAAGCAACCAUUGACAUGGUACAAGACUACGUUCAAUGCACCAGAAGGAAAUGAUCCGUUAGGUUUGGAUAUGAAUACCAUGGGAAAGGGUCAAAUAUGGAUAAAUGGCGAAAGCAUAGGACGCCACUGGCCGGGAUACAUAGCACGUGGCAACUGUGGCAGCUGCAACUAUGCUGGAACUUUCAAGGACGGUAAAUGCCAAAGUAAUUGCGGAGAAGCCUCUCAGAGAUGGUACCAUGUUCCGCGGUCGUGGCUUAAACCAAGUGGGAAUCUGUUGGUUGUGUUUGAAGAAUGGGGUGGUGACCCAACUGGGAUUUCUUUGGUUGGAAGAACAAUUGAAAGGGUCUGUGCCGAUAUUUUUGAUCGGCAGCCAACUCUCAAGAAAUGGCAUAUGCUGGCCACUGGCAAAGUAGAUAAGUUGCAACCAAAAGCCCAUUUGUGGUGCGCACCAGGACAGAAAAUCUCUAAAAUUAAGUUUGCGAGCUAUGGAUUGCCACAAGGGACUUGUGGAAGUUUUCGGGAGGGAAGUUGUCACGCUCACAAGUCGUAUGAUGCACUCAAAAGGAAUUGCAUAGGGCAGCAAUCUUGUUCGGUUAGCGUAGCUCCAGAAGUUUUUGGAGGAGAUCCGUGCCCAGAUAACAUGAAGAAGCUAUCAGUUGAAGCCAUUUGCAGCUGAAAUCAUGCAGAAUCCAUACACAACCAAAUAAAACCACUCAGGGAUGAUUUCAUCUUUGGUGCAUAAAAUUUAGUCGAGGAUUUUUCGCAUUUGGUUACUGAUUUAGAUAUACCGGAGUUUCAGUUGUACAGGAAUAUUACAAAACACCAUUUGGCAAGCUAUAGAUUCCGAAGGUGAUCACAAAUAAGCUUACAUGUAUAUAAAAGAGCUGCAAGGGGGGACUAAGUACAACUACAUUCAAAGAUUUCAGUCCGCAGAAGUUUUAAGGGCAAAUCAUUUAGGUUCUGGAUGAAUAAUAGGAUGAAUAAUAGUCAGGUAUGAUGUUGUUUUAUUGGUUUCUAUUCGUAAAAGCAAAUUAAUAAUAUUGUCUAAUCAAAGGCAUUUCAACCAUUAAUCUCUUGUGUAGACUGCUUGUUAUAUACAAUUCCAUUUGUCAUUUUUAUGUA